CUUAAACUUUAUAACUCUCGCUAACUGCCACCCUAUUUCCAUUACUUCCUUCAUCUCCUGUUUUUUAGCCAUUUCUUUCCCAUCAUUCACUCUCUUGUAUAGGUUGUCACAAAAAAUAAAAUAGAACUCUCUUAAGAUAGUAUUUUGAGAUCCAUUGAUUAUAGUUGUCUACUUUUCAAUACAUAUAUACAAUUCAUUAACUUAUUUUUUAAAUUAUCGAAAUCCAUUCAUCCCAAAGGAAACAAAGGAAGAUGGUCCGAGCAAGCAAUUUCAUAAUUACAUUCCUUAACUGUGUGACUCUGCUGGCUUCUCUGGUUUGUCUGGGGUUUUCAAUCUGGUUCGGUUUUAACAACAGCGCUACGCUUUGCGAGAAAGUGUUGCAGAAGCCAUUACUGUUACUAGGUUUGUGCCUACUUGCUGUUUCUGUUUUAGGUUUGGUUGGAUCGUCGUGCCGAGUUACGUUUAUCAUGUGGAUAUAUUUGUUCGUCUUGUUUUUGCUCAUUGUGGGGUUGCUUUGUUUCACUUUGUUUACGAUUUUGGUGACGAAUAAAAACGUGAGCAAAGCUUUAUCUGGGAAAGGUUAUAAGGAAAUGAAGACUGGAGAUUAUACUAAGUGGUUGCAGAAGUAUGUUGUGAAUGAAGAGAAUUGGAAGGAGAUUAAGAGUUGUUUGGUUGACACCAAAUUUUGUCAGCGUAUACCUACUGGCAAAGGGGAGAAAUUUUACAAAUAUAAUCUCUCGGCUACUCAGUCGAGUUGCUGCAAGCCACCCACUCACUGCGGCUUGGAGUUCCACAAUGCUACCUACUGGACCAUGCCCCAAACAGGGCCGGCUGUAGCGGACAAUGACUGCAAGACUUGGAGUAAUGUACAGAGCAAGCUCUGCUACAAUUGCCAAUCAUGUAAGAUGGCAUUCCUUGACCACAUCAAGAACGAUUGGAACAUAUUGUCCUUCGUCAACCUUGGCCUGCUCCUUUUUGUCCUCUUUGUUUACGGUGUUGGCUGCUGUGCGUUCAGGAACAACAAAGCAAAGGGACACCAUAAGAAAAAACAAUGCCCUGCAUGAGCCAUUUUGGCUCGUUAUAUUUCCAUGUUCUUAAUGAUUGUUUGUUCCAUAGGAAGCUUGGUUUGGAUAUUAUGAGACCUUCAUGUUGUAAAUUACUGUUCGUUACCGAAUUCACUUUUCGAUCUUAUGUUUUAGCUAUUUGUCUAUUUAUGCUUAUUUAUUAGUAUAUGGCAUUUUUAAUUUUAAACAUUAUUAAAGAAGUGAAUGCUCUUCCCUAGAAUCAGAUGAAACAAGGCACUAGGCACUAGAAUAGACUGAUUGAUCUUGAUAGAAUCGGACUCUAACAAAAGGAACAGCUCAGAGACAAUAUAAGCAAACCUUUCAGACCUUUCUCUAUUGUUAAA